AUGAUGACAACCUCUUCUCAGACCAGUCAGGCAGACGGCUCGAAACCCUUACAAAGCUCAUCACGAUGCUCGUCGAGGUCUCAUAGACAAGCCACACCGAUGCUGUGGGAGUACUUUUCCAACGCUGUCUGUUCAAAUUUGGAAAGCCCUAGGUCCCUUACUGACUCUCAGGGGUUGGAAUCCCAAGAUCGGACCCCUGGACCACCCUCUUACCACCAGAAUUCUCAUUACAACAGCUGCCCGCAGAGAAGUCCCUUUGAGACGAGCUACGAGUUUCAUGAUAGCAUUCACGACGAUAGCGACGCUACGCCCACUUGGUGCUCCGGCGUGAAAUCGCAACGGCAGACACCGUUAGAUGAUUCACAAAGUGAAGGAGACAGCUCUUCCCUUUACGGAAGCGACAAGGAAUAUCUGCCAUCUAUCACACCGUUUCAGGCUGUUGUGUCUAUUAAUGGGGAUCAGAUGAGCUUUAAAUGCUUCUUUGAGCAUGACGGCAGAGACGGUCCUGUCGAUGUGAAAUUCUCUCUACCGAAUCGCAAGGAAUAUGUCAGCAUUAAACUGAGCAUGAUAGUCGAGCGAAAAGAACCUUUGUCACGAAGCACCAGCUACUACAGCUGGAAAUCGAAAGGGGCCAAGCGAGCUUACUAA